UCCUCCGCACGCGCGCGCGCGCGCCGAAAGCCUCACAUUUUCGCGCCGCCUCUCGAGCCUUAUCCUGCUCCGCACGCACGCACGCGCGCGCGCGCGCGCGACCGUGGCGAGCAUGCGAGCCGCGACCGCGCGCCUCACAUCCGCCUCAUGCAGCUGCCAGUGACGCCGGCGAGCUCCGCCGGCGGAGCAGCCCAUCUCCCAGCGCCCACCACGGCCACCACCACCACCAGCAGCAGCUGCUGCUGCUGCCUUUUGCCCCCGUCGAGGAGGCAGCUGCUCGCGUCCACCGUCAGCUCCGGCCUCCUCCUGCUCCUCGCCGCGCCCCGCGCGUCCGCCGCUGCGAGCAGCAGCAGCAGCAGCGGGGACGACGCCGACGCCUACAACUACGACCCGGUGACGGCGGCGGAGCGGGCGGCGAGCGCGUCGGUGUCGCGGCGCGUGGGGGAGGCGGUGCGGCUGCUCGACCUCGGGCGGGAGCUGCAGGCGCGCGGCGAGUUCCCGGCGGCGCUGGCGUCGUUCACGGCGGUGGUGCGGGAGUACAGGGACCUGGCGCUGUCGGAGUACGCCCGUGUUGGGCGCGCCCUGGUGCUGUACGAGGUCGGCGACCGCGACGAGUCCAUCGCCGAGAUGGAGGACGUCUCGGUGGCGCUGCGCGGCUACCCGGAGAUCCACGCGGCGCUGGCGGCGGCGCUCUACGCCGACAAGCACGCGCCGCUGCUCGCCGAGAACCAGUUCGCCAUCGCCACGCUGCUCGACCCGCACUACACCGACCUCGCCUACGUCCGGGACACCAAGCACUGGCCUCCCAGCCUCGUCGACUCGCUCCAGCACUUCAUCACCCUCUCCUAAUUACUCACCUCUCAUUAAUCACCCUUCAUCAUUUUCUUACUUAAUAAUCACAGUAUAUAUAUUGUGGUUCUGGUUCAUAUAGCAGUUACACUUGCAUGCUGAAAUUGCUGUUCUCCCCAUCGAAUUCCUCAAUUUGGACA